CAUGAUGGCCUCGGGGCUCGAUCUGACCUAUUUGCAGCGGGACGACGGGGAUGAGCCCGCAGCCUCCUCGAUGGCCUCUGGCUCUGUGUCUGGCUCAGGCUUCAGGGCAAACACCAGCGACACCACGACGAAUGACACUGGUUACAGCACCACCAGCCGCAACGAUUUCGCUGGAGACAGCAGUACUGGGAUCGGAGCCGAAGAAGAACAGCGCCAGCAGGACGUCUACCGCUCGCUGUACGACAACCCGGGCUCGUGCCUCAUGGACGAGACGGGACACCAGCCACAGCAUAUACAACAGCAUAUACAGCAGCAGCAGCAGCAGCUACAGCUACAGCAACAGCAACAGCAACAGCAGCAACAUCAGCAGCAGCAGCAGCAGCACCAGCAACAGAAUGAACAGUUUAUCGAACAACAAAAUGAUAAUACUGAACAGGAGCGGCCAUGGACAGAGCUCAAGACUAAGGCGGGCAAGGAAAGAAAGCGGCUACCGCUCGCCUGCAUUGUCUGCCGCAGAAAGAAGAUCCGCUGCUCGGGAGAGAAACCGGCGUGCAAGCACCGCUAUCGCUCGAGGAUUCCGUGUGUAUACAAGGUCACCACCAGAAAGGCGGCCCCGCGAACAGAUUACAUGGCCAUGCUCGACAAGCGUCUCAAACGUAUGGAGGAACGGGUCAUGAAGGCCAUCCCGAAAGAUGAACAGCGCGACAUGGUCGCCAUCGGACGAGCUACCGUCAAGCCUCUGCCACCAGGGCAUGCCUCCCGUCCGGCUCGUGCAUCCCUCAAGAAGCGGACCGCGACGGAGGCCUUCAACGCAGAGCUCAGUGAGUGGACGAAGCCUCUCACCACAGCGAUGCCAAACACUCAACCAGGGCAAGCGGAGCAGAUUGGGCCACCGGGGAAAGGGCAGGAUAUACGGACAGUCAUGCCCGCUCUACAUGUUAACACAGAGCACAAACUGCUCUCACAGGGAGUCGAGUUUUUACCAUCCAUGGAGCUGCAGGAACACCUCGCAGAAGUGUUUUUCGACUGCGUUUAUGGCCAGUCCUACCUCCUGCUACAUAAACCAAGCUUCAUGCGCAAGCUCAAGGCCGAUGCGGUUCCGCCAGUCCUUACGCUUGCCAUUUGCGCCGUCGCCGCCCGCUUCUCUACGCACCCGCAAGUGAACAACACCGAACCAGCCUUCCUACGAGGCGAGUCCUGGGCCAACGCCGCCGCAGACAUCGCCCUCGCUCGACACGAUCAACCCAACAUCACCAUUCUCACCGUCUUUCUCAUCCUCGGCCUUCACGAAUUCGGCGCUUGCCAUGGAGGUCGAAGCUGGUCGUUUGGCGGAAUGGCCUUGCGCAUGGCUUAUGCCCUUCAGUUGCACAAGGAACUUGACCGCGACCCUCUAGGGCAAGGUGGGAGUGCUUCAGAGCUUAGUUGUACUGACAGAGAAAUCCGACGACGUACCAUGUGGGCAUGUGUCCUUAUGGAUCGCUACAAUUCUUCCGGCAGCCAGAGACCACCCAUCGGUAACGAGAAGUUUUUACAGAUACAGCUACCCAUCAAGGAAUCCCAUUUUUGGCGUGAAAUACCGGGUCCGACCGAAGAUCUAGAUGGGGCGGUACCCAAUCCCGUACCUGAAGGUGUCGGACAGCUCUCGAACCCAAAGAACAACAUGGGCAUAUCUGCAUACAUCAUACGCGGUAUCAUGCUCUGGGGAAAGAUUGUUGACUACCUUAAUCUAGGUGGAAAGGCCAAAGACCCAUACAGAUUAUGGGAGCCAGAAUCUGGAUACAGUCAGCUGAAACGAUUACUUAAGGAAUUUUCCUCCUCCUUACCAGAGUGUCUUGUCUUUAACUGGGAGAACCUGCAGAACUACGCUGUAGAGAAGAUUGCAAACCAGUUCAUUUUCCUGCAUAUUGUCAUUCAUCAGAAUACUCUCUUUCUCAACCGAUUCGCCAUCCCGCUCUCCCCUCGAGGUCGUCCGCCCAGAGACAUCCCCAAACAGUUCCUAAGCGAGGCCGGCAAGGCGGCAGUUGAAGCUGCCAGCCACAUUUCCAUGCUUAUCGAUCAGGCAUCUGGUUACAUGCUCACCGUUCCCUUCGCUGGUUACUGUGCUUAUGCGGCGAGUACGGUGCACAUCUGGGGAAUAUUCUCAAAGAACCCACAGCUAGAAGCUGCCUCCAAGGAGAACUUUAGGCACACAUACAAAUACCUAAACAAGAUGAAGCGUUACUGGGGUAUGUUUCACUACAUGGUCGAGAGUUCCAAGGAAAGGUACAGACAUUUCGCCGAAGCAUCUCUUCGAGGUCGUGCGGUUCCUGAAAGCAUGAAGGACAGUAACAACCAGGAUGUGCCUAUUUUCCAAUACGGAGAUUGGUUCGACAAGUAUCCUCAUGGAGUAUCGAAGCUGCGUUGGGAAGAUCCGGACUUAGACAUUAAAAAGGAGAGCGGUAGCGAUGCCGUAAUGUCCCAGCAGUCUGAUCUCCAGAGUGUCGAAGAGUUCUUCACCAGCAUGUCACCUACAUCACCCUCGGAUGGACCCAGAAAGGAAGCCAAACGAGCAGGCGCUACAACCCCGUCAGAGAAGGCAAGGCCAAAGCUUGGGUCAAGGGGUAACACCAAAUCGCAAUCUUCCAGCAAUUCGGUACAAUCCCGAAUGGUAACGAAUUUGUCCUCCCCAGAACGACAGCAGCAGCAGCAGCAGCAGCAGCAUCAAACACCACGAUCACAGCCAAUGCAACAGCCACCCUCGACUCAUCCCGUCAGUUCUCAGAUUCCUACACAGCAGGAGCCUAUGCCAAAUCAUGUUACCAAUAGCUAUACAACCUACAACAAUCCGAACAUGUACCCUGCCGACCCUUCUUCCUACGUAUCCGACUAUAAAUUCCACGCUCAUCCUGAUCCCCUACCACAAUUAGACCGACAACUUGUUUAUGACGCCUAUGCGGGCGUCGAAGCUAUACCCCAUCAUCCUAUCCCCAUGCCAUCAUCCAAUAACCCCACCAUCCAAUCACAGCACCCAGCCGGAUCACAACCACAACCUGGACACACCCCAGAUCCCAACAUCAGUAACUCUUAUUGGAACAACGGCAACAAUAACAAUUACCAGUCCUACGACAUGCAGCCGCCCAUGAAUUGGAAUGGCGAACUAAUACAGUCCAGCGCAUGGUUCUUGCCUUUCAACCUUGACCCAACCAGCCUUGACGCCCACGCUUCCCAGCCAGGUGAUCCGGCAGGCAUAUCAGCAGGACCUUCCCAUUCGCCUCCGAAUCCAGUCGUUUCCUCCGGCAUGAGCAUGAGUGAAGGCGACUAUUACGGCUCUCCGACAAUAAUGCAACCGGUUGGCAUGGGCUUAGGUAUGGUUGAGGGCGUACCCGGUAUGUCGGAAACUCUCCGGGAGAGGGUGGGCUGAAUAUAGUCGACUAUUCCCGUCCUGUAAAUGCAUACAUACACUCAUGCGGUGUCACCUGUCCUACAGGUGAAUAUCACUUUUCUCCGCCAUACAUAACUCCUUCCCUCCCUGCUGAUACCAUUUACUUACUAUUAUUACUGCAAUUACUAUGUUUACGUAUAUACACCACACCCUUCCCUUACGAAACCUCUCAUGCCUCACAGGUUUUUUCACCCCAAAUUUUCGGCCAAUCCCAGAGAAAAAGAAAUACCUCCAUAUUCCUUGUUAAAGAACGACUUCCCUACUCAUGACAUCUUUUUCUGUCUUUUCUUUUCCUACAUGUCGGAUGAGGCUAGGCGAUUUGGUAUAUACUCCAGGGCGGAAGGACAGGGACCUGCUUAAAACGGAACGGGAGUUGACAUGUAUUUAUUGAUUCUUCAUUUGCUGCUACUAUACCCUUUCAACUUCACGUUUCAUCUACUCGCCUGCUGUUUUUUUCUUUAUUGACUCAUCAACGUUCCUUUUUACCCCUCCUCAUAUACUCAACGAACUCUGUCAUAUAACUUGGCUCGACCCUCGGUUCGUCCGCGACUUGCGAACUAAGCCACAGGCUGUUCUUACUUAAAAUGGUCAUGAUAAAAGUGUACAAGCCAUAAUAUACGAACCUAUCGUGUGCUCUAUUUCCUUUCAUCAUCUUCGUACAAAUGACAGCCUUGCGGCACACAGGCCAACCACAAAAAAAAAAAAAAAAAACAAAUACAAAAACAAAAACAAAAAACAAAACAAAACAAAACAAAUACACUAUCCCACCUAGUCAUCCCAUUCUUCAUCAAGCUGGUCGAUCAGACGGUUCUCCUCAUCAACAUCCCGUUGGCCCUGUCUGUGAUUGCUGCCAGCAGCAUUUCUACCUCUGCCACCAAUGGCUCCUACCAGCCCAUUCCUUCCACCUUCAGCAGACGACCCGUUAGCGAGCUGGGAAUAAGCCGAUCGAGACUUUCGAAAGCGGAAACAGUUCGCCAUCGACGACCAGAGGAUUAUAAACAUAUCCUAGUUCCAUGACUGUUAACUUGCUUUCCAUGCAUUCUCUCAAUUAAAAACAGUGAAGAAGAUAAUAAAUGACUAAGCGUGUCGAUAAGGUUUGGUGGAGAAGGUUUUCAGUUUCGCAAUUAAGGUUUAAGAAUGUGGAGACUAAAAAUGCUUAUUUUUUUCCCCUCGGGCCAAAGCGAGGCGAAGU